AUGGCUUACAAUGGGAAGGUAAAAUAUUGGGCUGUGGCGGAGGAUAUGGUAGAGUUUCUCAGAGCUCCACAGCUAAAUGUAGUUUCAAAUAAGGAUUUUUACGAUCUUGUUGAAAACGACGAAUUCAUGGAGAAUCAAAGCGAUGUUCUCGACUAUCAUAUGGUUAAUAUUGCGCUAGGCUCAAGAAACGAAAGGAUUCGAAUGGCCGCGCCGAUAUAUGUGCAGAAAGAUGGAAAGCUUUCAAUACUCAAUGCUGGGAUCACCUCUCAAGGCGUAUACUUCUGCUAUGAUGAGUUGUCCAUAGGAAUCACUAAUGUUUUUUACAUACUGCUUGCAAUGACACCACCAGUUUCAAUAAUCGAAAAUAAGAUACCUAAAGAGAUUGCGGAUACAUAUGGAGAUGGAUGUGGUGAAGCAUCAACUCACAUCAUGCCCUCAUUCAAUUGGCGUUUCCGCUUCCAGCCAACAUUUCGCGAUGACAAGCCUCACAGCUGUGUUAACGGUUCAUACUGUUACCAUUAUAAGUCUCUGCGUCAGAGUCAAGCGCUGCAGUGUUGUUUCUAUUGUGCAUUAGGAUUACUUCGCCAACAGCAAUAG